UGAUUCUCUUUCCUUCUGUUUAUACAUGAGCACAUUAAAAGUCAAAUCAUUAGUUUCCUGCAGACCAAGAAGUAACGAUGACGAUGAACAGGAAGAAGAUGCUACUGGUUGCAGCAUCGAUCAUCUUGAAUCUUGUAUUGAUCAUUCAUAUUCUUUAUAAUAAUAACUCAACCACCACCACCACAUGGAAUCCGUCGUGGACUAGUAGAGCCGCCGAGGAGGCAGAGGAAGCAGCCUCUGUUUCAUGCUCAGGCCACGGCAGAGCUUACGUAGACGGUCUAGGCGUCCUUAACGGCAACAAACCUCCAUGUGAGUGCAACAACUGUUACACAGGCGACUACUGCUCCUUUCUUCUCCCGGAUUGUCAUGCGGAUGCUAACUCAGGAGACCCUUUGUUCUUGGAGCCAUUCUGGAUGCAAGCUGCAGAGGGAAGUGCGGUUGUUGAGUCCGGAUGGCACAGGAUGAGUUAUCAUUUUCACCAAGAUGGAUCAUAUGUAUCAGCAGAGCUCGAGAGGAUCAUUAGGAAACUGCAUAGCGUAGUUGGAAAUGCGGUUACUGAUAACAGAUUCGUGAUCUUCGGAACUGGAGCCACGCAGUUGGUUGCAGCCUCUGUUCAUGCUUUGUCUCAGACAAACGCAUCAUCAUCAUCAUCUCCUACAAGACUUGUGUCUGCUAUUCCAUACUACAAUGCGUACAAAGAACAAACUGACUUCUUUAAUUAUGCAAAUAUUAAGUUUGAAGGAGAUGCGUCUGCGUGGAGGAAGAGUGAGCACAAUGAUAAUUUGACGCAAGUGAUUGAGAUAGUGACAUCUCCUAAUAAUCCAGACGGGAAGCUGAAAAGAGCGGUUCUUGAAGGUUCUAAUGUCAAAACCAUACAUGAUUACGCGUAUUAUUGGCCUCAUUUCUCGCCUAUAACGCAUCCAGCUGAUGAAGAUUUGAGCUUGUUCAGUCUCACAAAGACUACAGGUCAUGCUGGCUCAAGAUUCGGGUGGGCAUUGGUAAAAGACGAAGUUGUUUAUGAAAGAAUGAAAAGGUAUUUAACUCUAUCUAGUAUGGGAGUUUCAAGAGACACACAGCUUCGUGCUCUGCAGUUGCUCAAAGUAGUAGUUGGAGAUGGAGGUGAGGAGAUAUUCCACUUUAGUUAUGAGACAAUGAAGAAGAGGUGGGAGAUACUAAACAAGAUCUUGUCCGCGUCCACGCGUUUCUCGCUCGAGACAAUACAACCUGAGUACUGCAACUAUUUCAAGAAACGCAGAGACUUCACUCCUGCUUAUGCGUGGGUGAAGUGUGAAAGAUUAGAAGAUACAAACUGCUAUGAGAUAUUCGGAGGGGCAAAGAUAAAAGGACGUGAAGGAAAAGUGUUUGGAUCAGAGGAGCGUUUCGUUCGAUUGAGUCUCAUCAGAACACAAGACGACUUUGAUCAGCUGACUGAUCUGUUGAAGAAGUUGGUCUCCGAGGAAGUUGUGGGAGGUCACUCCACCUAAAGUUAAAUAUUGAUUUUCCUAAUCAAAUGUAUUAUUCAAAUGUUGUAUCCAUCACAUAUGUAUUCAAGGUUUACUCAUGCUGUCCAAUCAUAGACCCCUUGAUAUGAUCUUGUAUCAUGAAAUGAGUUAAAAGAUCUUUGUUAG